CAGACCAACCAUAGUUCGAAAGCAAUACACAGAACAACACCCUUCGGUACACAAAGGGAUUCCAAGUGUUCAUUAAAAUGAAGAUUACUUGCGUUCUUGUCCUUGUCUGUGCUUUGUGGGAGGUGAAAGGAUAUCCCCAUCCCUUCUACGGAAGUAACUUUGACACGAUUUCUUAUGGCUCCGCCGACAGCAGCCGUGGUGGUAUGGUGUUAAGCCGUUACUACAACCCAUACUACAACAAACGCGCCGUUGGUGGUGGAAUGGCAGCUUUUAUGUUCAGGCCCGAAGAACAAUAUCAGCCUCAAACCAGCCAAUAUUACUUGCCUGACAGACGUCGCCAAACUCAGCCGGAGUUGAACUACUCGCCUCAACAAAACGAGGUCUAUUAUCCACAAGUUCCUGAACAAUCCGAGCAAAUUCCAAUUCCAGAGCAACCAGUGGCAAUCCCCGAGCAAGCAGUACCCCAACCAGAGGUUCCAGUAGUAACAGAAGCCUCCAUCGCCGACCCAACAGAAAAAUCCGAACUUUUGACAACCACAUUGAAAGCGGUUAUCGAACCAGAAUUAGCAGAACCUGAGUCGGAAGAAAUUCCCAAACCAGUAUCCGCACCCAGAAAACGUGUGACAAAGAAGAAACAAGUAAAACGGCCAGUAGAUGAUGAAGAAGAAGAGGGUGGUGAAGAUUACCCCAGAAUGCCGUCCGGAGCGUACUUCCCAAUGUUCUUCGGUUGGGGUGGAAGGUCAGCUGGCGCUCCCAGUGGUGCCACUGCAAUAGCGAAUGCCUUCAGUACCGGAAGAGGGGGUGUAGCUACCAGCCACGCCACAGCGUACGGACCCCCAAAACCGGACAGUAAAUUGUAAAUUUCGUUAAAACAUUAUAUAUCGUUGAUUUAAGUUUAACGCCAUCUAGCACAUUCCAUCAGAAGUGAGCAGGUUCAAUAAUUUAGAUCUGCUCGCUCAAGUUGCCGUUAAGUUAAUUCAUUCUGUAGUCACAGAUGGCAUAUAUUUUAAAAGAAGUAAAAUGUAUAUUUUUAAAAAGUUUUAUUAAUGAUUUUAUUAUUGUUAAAAAUAUUAAUAAACUGAAUCUUCAAUAUUUGUUGUACACAAUAAAUCGAUUUUUAUAAUA